AUGUCUUUUAAUGACGAUCUCGACGAUGACGACACGCUCGUAUCCAGCCCGCGCAUCAAAUACGAAGGCGAAGACACGAGCCCUACUACCGAUCGCGAAUUGAAGGCUUGGUAUGCGUACCCAAUCGCAGCCGAAGUCUUCGCUGUAGUCGCAGUCGGCGCAUUCCUCCCAGUAAUCCUCGAGCAACUCGCACGAGAAAAUGGCGUCUUCUUCUCCGAUCACUCGAAACCGUGUGUCGACCAUACCGCAUCCGGAAAACUCCGGAUACGCGACGAUGCAGACAAGAAAGUCGGAGACUCUGAGCAAUGUAUGGUGAGGUACCUGGGGAGGGACAUGUCGACGAGUAGUUUCGCCAUGUACACGUUCUCUACGGCAGUAUUACUUCAAGCAGUGGUCUUGAUAUGUUUCAGUUCCUUCGCCGAUCAUGGCCCAUAUCGCAAGAAGAUGCUCAUGUUCACAUCAUACAUGGGCUCACUAGCCAGCUGUCUUUUCAUCUUCAUCUCACCAUCAUUAUACUACCUCGCUCCUAUUCUAGUCAUCGUCGGAGUUUCGAGUCUAGGCUGUUCAUUCGUCUUGCUAAACGCAUUCUUACCACUGCUCGUCGCCAAUCAUCCAGAUAACAAUACGCUUGGGAAAUCGUCAUCUUCCGACUCCGCCUCGGAUGUCGAGCUGGAGUCCUUGAACCCGACCAAUGGACCAUCUUCUACCCAUGCUCGUUUUGACCCUGAUCGAUUGAAGCGGGAUCUAGAAAGAAGCGCGCAGAUCUCUAGUAAAGGCGUGGGAUAUGGUUACAUGUCCGCCGUCUUCGUCCAGAUCUUGAGCAUCCUAAUCAUAGUGCUCUUCAACAAAACGGCUCUGUCGAAAACGUCGCCCAGUCUCUCGAUCCGCAUGAUUCUGCUAAUGGUCGGUCUAUGGUGGGCUAUAUUCUCCAUCCCAACACUAUUAUGGCUACGUCCAAGACCAGGUCCACCACUACCCACACAGACUACGCAGAGCUUUGCCGGAGGAAAGUCAUCGUCAAGGAUAAGAACGUUUUUGUUCUACACAUCCUUCUCCUUGCGCAGCUUCUACGGCACACUUCGGAGAGCCAUAAAGCUACGCCAGACGCUACUUUUCCUGAUAUCGUGGUUCCUGCUGUCGGAUGCAGUGGCGACCAUCUCUGGAACGGCGGUCCUCUUCGCACGCACCGAGUUGCACAUGGGUACCAUUGCCAUCGCGCUACUGUCCAUCACAUCUAUCGGAUCUGGUAUCGUAGGCGCGUUUGCAUGGCCGCAUGUGCAACGGCGCUUUGCACUACAGCCAAAGACCGUACUACUGUGUUGUGUAGCGGGCAUGGAGAUCAUCCCUCUCUAUGGCUUACUCGGAUACAUACCCAUGUUCAAGAGCUUGGGGUUCAUCGGUCUGCAGAAAGCAUGGGAGAUCUACCCCAUUGCAGUCAUUCAUGGGAUAGUCAUGGGUGGUAUAUCUUCUUAUGCGCGGUCCGUCUACGCGCCUUUGAUACCUGAGGGCAGUGAAGCAGCGUUCUUCGCGCUGUAUGCUGUUACAGAUAAAGGUAGCAGUGCAUUCGGCCCAGCUCUUGUCGGGUUCAUCGUUGACCAGGCGGCCACGAUACGCCCGGCGUUCAUCUUCCUGGCGGUCCUGGUGGUGUUGCCGGCACCGUUACUGUGGCGGUUGGAUGUGGAAAAGGGGAGAGAAGAUGCGCGCGCGAUGGCAGACGGAGAUGCCCAGGGACGGGGAACGUACGAGAGGGUUCGUGAAGAGUAA